AUGACGCGAGGCCCAUUUGCAAGUGCGCAAGCUACGUACAAGAAACCCCACUUAAGUUACGCAGUUCGUGUUUCAUUGGUGGACGAUUUGAAGUCCCUGCAUCCCGCACUUGUUGUCCCAAGCUGGAUAAAAAGCCGUUUUGCGGAAAGAAAUCGAAUCAAACAUCACAACCCUCUGGUCAUCCUGGCUUUUAAUUGCUUCGAUGGAUACUACCUUCCACAGCAGGAAUAUGAGUUUGUUGAUACGGUCCAGGAGGAGCUGGAUGCCUUCAUUCAGAGGGACGGAGAGAGGAGCGUCCUGCUCUUCCCGCCGCUGCCGAGCCGGCAGCGCUACCUGAUCCACAGGACCGUGGAGACCUGCCCGUCCCUGGCCACCUUCUCUGUGGGUGAAGGCUGGAGCCGCAGGGUGGUGGUGUGUCCCGCCCACCUCAGGUUGCCCUCAGAGGAGGAGGGGGACCCAGAAGAAGGCCAGCAUGAGGACGUCCAGGGGCGAAGCCAGGAGACAGAGGCCCGGAAAGAGCGCCCCCACCUGGAACCCCGGCAGACUCGGAGCAGGGCACCCCGACGCCCUGACAAGGCCAUCUAUGUCCCACGAGCCAUGAGGGACAAGGCCGCCCCGGCCUCCGACCCCACCCAGGCCCAGCUCGCGCCGGACAGCUCGGGCUGCAGCCUGAAGCAGAGCACAUCGGGGACCAGUCCUGAAAUCGGCACAGACCUCGAGGCUCAGUCAUUCCUGCCUGCCAGCCAGGAAACGGCCUCCAAAGCCACCAACGAGUCCGCCAGCGAGCCAGAGGUCUCCGAGCUCCCCUCCGACUCCAGCGGCCAGGCCUCGCCGGCGGCCUGGGAUCAGACCUUGUCCAACUUCAUGGCUAUGUCUCUGAAGCACCAGGAACUGGAUGAGACUGUGUCACCAGCAGUGGAGCUACCAGCAGGGGGCGCAGCAGACUUGGAGGAUUUUACUCAAGAGAUCAUUGCGAACCUGAGGGAAGCAGACGUCCUGAUCGAGAGCGCCCACAAUGACUACUCCUGCUACCAGAACAUGUUGUUCAGCUCGGACGAAUUCGCCCACGUCAUCGAAAUCUACGACUUUCCCAAACUCUUCAAGACGGAGGACCUGCAGGACGCCUUCGCAGACUUCAGCGAGGCAGGCUUGAGGAUCACCUGGGUGGAUGACACCUGUGCCCUGGGCGUGUUUUCCAGCGAGUCUUCAGCUCAGCAGGCUCUGUCUAUACAGCACCCAUUGCUGAAGGCACGGAGGCUGUCUGAAGGCAGCAGGAAAGCCAAGGGGAAGGCCUUCAGGCGUGCAGAGUUCAUCCAGCCAGUGAAGGAGAGACCUCGCACUGAUACCGCAGUGGCCCGCAGACUGGUGACCAGGGCUCUGGGCCUGCAGAGGGGUGGCGUCCGGGGGAAACGGUGUUGACGUCGUGCCCAUUACAGGUACCACCUUUUAUUGUUAAAUGCCGUCAGUGA